AUGAAACAAUUUUGCAUGAACAAGGAAAAUGUCUUUUAUGUCACAAGAUUACUUAAUACAUCUCUCUAUUCUAAUUAUGCAACAUCUUUGAUGUGUAUUGAGAUGGACAAAAUUCCUACUUUAACAUCUUUCCAACUCUUUAAAAUAACAAAAAAUACUUUUAACUUUUUAAUCCUAUCCGAGAUGGAUGGUGAUCAUGAUGGGAAUGAAGAAAUCAAAUGUGUCAAUCAAUUGUGA